AUGGCGGUCGUCGACAAAAAUGAGCUCAAGAAAGUUGAAGUUGACGUUGAGCCUGUGUUUGCGCUGAUCGUAAAUAUCAGGGACGCGGACAUCCUCAAUGCCAAACUCAUGAAAGGAUGGGCGAAGAGCGAGCGCAAAACAUUCUUACAGUCUCAUUUGGAGUCUUACAAGGCUGCGCUACUCGUUUCUUCCGACAAGGCUGACAAGCUCCUCGACAAUAUCGUCAACCUUUGGUUCGCCAAGUUCCAUUGGUCAAUCCCAGUCACACAGUCACACCUUUACAAGCCGUUUCCCAUACCUGUUGGCCCCGAUGGUUUCGAAAUUCUGACAGACGAACAAGCCCAGCUCAAAAAGAAUGUCAUAAAGCGGCUUCAGACGACGUUAUACCACUGGUAUGAUUACCGGAGCAAGAAAGUCAAAAAGCUACAGAUCUCCAAGAAGGCGAGCGAUGAUCCGGUCAGCCUCUUGCUCAAAAGGUUGCUUGGCACCAACGACGGCCCUGGGAAGCAUGCAGCAGGGUGGCAACUGUGGGGGAAGGAGAAUUUCGACGCCCUGAAGUCGCAAUUCAACGCGGAAUUCAAAGCGAGUGGCAAACGUGAAGCCCUUCGCGCCACAGCUUGUAACGAAUUCAAAAAAGCUCGUUUCGCUGAGUUAAGCGAAGAGGAACAAGCGGAUUGGAACCUGAAGGCCAGCGACGCGCACAAAGCGGCCAAGAAGAGAGUUAAAGAUCGUGAGACAGAGCUUGAGACGGGGGUGAUGAGCCCUGAAGAUGCUCAGAUGUGUAUCAAUGCUCUGCCGAACGUCCUUGGACCGCUUGUAGAUGGACUAGGCAAGGCCAUCAAUAUGCAUGUGUCGGUCUUGAUUGGUGGGCCUGAACCCAAGCAGAUGGGGCAACUCAACGUGCUCAGUGUCCAUUAUGGCCUUAAUAAGGAGGCCGUUCCUAGAUGCUGGGCAUUAUCUGACAAGGAGAAGUUCAAGAACGGGCCCAGGAAAGCAUUCCUCGACUUUUUGGAAACUUGUUAUUCUCCUGAUGAACGGCGAGCGCAUGCUUGGAUCGAGGGCGCCAAGGUUCCCUUGUUGGAUGACGACAUGUCGUCGUCUAUGAUGGUUGAUGACAACUCUAUGAUCGUCGAUCCACCUUCGGCUCCAGACACUUCUGCCUCCACUGCUUCAACAAAGGACGCGCCUGCACGCAAGUCAGCUCCCUCAGUGAAGCCCUCUGCAUCCACGGCGUCGACAAAGAGCAACGGCAAGAGGAAGCGGACACGUGGACGAGUCAGCAGUCGGACGUCAAAGAAGCAAAAGAAGCAACAGCAGAAGAAGGGGAAGCGCCACACUAAUUCCGAGGAGUCGGAUGCCGAGGAGUCUAACAAGGAGGAGGACGAGGACGAGGACGAGAUGCCGUCGGAUAUAGACACCAGCGACGACGACAGCGAUGACAAGGAUGUUCCUCUGCGGCUGACGACACGUACGACUGCAAGGCAGUUAGCAAAGGAUGUCGUUACUGACAGCUCCGCGCUCAUCGGCUGCGAUCAAUCUUUGAUACAAGGGCCUCGACCUUUGGAGUUUGCCGUCGUCCCACCCUCAGCUGGCGAAGUCGUCCCACCCUCAGCUGGCGAAGUUGUCGACCCCUCACUAGAAUCGAAAAACUCGCCCCUACCUGACAAAGGGGGGGACGAGCCUCCUCACUCAACAGUGCAGCUGGAACUCUUCCAUGAACAUCAAGCCGGCGGUGCAGCGGUUGUCAACGCAGUGCUUGACAACUCCAAUCAACCUUCGACCCAAGAGUCUUCGCUUCUUUCCCCUCAACCUAACGACAUCACCGAGCCCUCUGGACUCCGAGUCAAACCUCCCUCCCCAAUUCCUACUCCUUCAACGUCUACUCAGCUCCCACAUGCUAAACAUGCACCUGAAAGCCUACCGAACCCCGCUUGGCCGACCUGGUUCGCGAAUGCCUACAGAAUCUUAAAAAACAAGGACCUCGGCCCCAUCUUCUCGCCCCUCCUUCCUCUCUACGUUGAGCUCGAGUCACGCACAAAUUUUGAUAUUGGGGGGCACACAGCUGGUUUCCGGAAGGGAAAUAGACCGGAUGAGGUUUCUUGGUGGAUUGGCCGUGGACGCGAACGUGAGCCGACAAUCAAGGACGUAGAUGUCUUUGAUAGGUGUUGGUGGUCCUGGUGGAAGGGUUUGCAGCCGCCGUCUCAACAGGUUGCUGCCGUCAAAGGUCUUCUCGGAGGUGAUCAUCGUUUGACGGAGGUGCAAGAGGAUUGGGAUGUGCAAGAGGAUUGGGAUGUGCAAGAGGAUUGGGAUGUGCUGCGCAAGCAUGGGCAAAACGGAUUUCUGACCAUACUGUCAACUCUCGCUUGGUGGGGCGGCUCAAUCAACGGUAAACCUGUAGAGAACUUCGCGAGUUGGUUGGCAGCUGUAACCGAGGUCCAUUGGGUCCUCUUGCGUCUCUUGGAGCAGGGAGAAGUUUUCGCGAACUUGAAGUCGAAAAUCAACACGCACGUGACUUCAAUUUUCAAACAGAAUGCACGAACCAACGCUUUCAAAGUUCACGAAUGGAAAGAGCACGCAUAG